UGACAGUCCUGCAGGUUGCCUCCCUCAUGGCUACCAACAUCACCCAAGCUGUUGACAUUCAGUUGUCGAUGGUUAGGUCCUCGCCUCACCUGCCACCGUCGCCCUCCCCUCACCGUCCUCGCCUCCUUCACCAACUUCUCCCUCGUCCAGGACUUAAUAACAGAAGACAGACUCACGACGUGGGCUUGUAGCAGGUCUUCGUGGGUCGAUUUGAACGAUGCUGAUUGGUGGAUUUUGAGCCAAGUUCUGUAGUGAGGGCGGGGCUAGAGAUCUUGAGCGAAUCACAGCACUCCUGAGGACACCGCUUAACCAAUCAGAAAUGGGUCAGAUGUACUCCCAGCAGCCGACCAAGCCAUCCCAGGUUCUUGAGAGCAUCAUGAAGUUGUCUGGGGUGAUCCACGAGCUACUGAAGCUUGAUGAUCACUCCCAGGAGGGUGCAGGAGCUACUACCAUCAGGACGAGGAGAUCCAUUAUAGAGGGCAUUGAUGAUCUUCUGUCUCGCUUACCGCCUAUUGAACAUAACAAGCUCAAGGCCUUCCAAGAUGAUGCUCAACUCCUUAAACAUGUCAUCAAAACUCUGACGAGGAUCUACCUGAACCAAGUGAGCAACAUCCUAUUAGUUGAGGAUCUGGAAAGAAUUAAUCCCCACUUCAUUCGCCUUCUCACGGAUUCCCGGUCUGUGGAGAGGCUAACUGGGCUGGCGGCAUCAACUCUACACUCCAUCAUACAAAUAUCGGCCGUCACCCAACACCCGUGGGUCGCUAGUGAUGUCCUCCUCAGCCAACACCUGAAGGAGCUCCUCUUCACCGUGUUGCCAAAGGAUGCGAUGGAGGUGGUGGAAAAUGUGUAUGAUGUGCUGGAGAUCCCUACUGUCAUGGCUGCUCCUCCCUUCCCUCAGCUGGUGGGGGUCCUCAACGCCUCCUACAACAUCCUCGACAAGGUGUACAGUGCGGGUGACCCCUGGGCGUGGUGUGAAGGUGGGUGCCCCUACACCACUCCUCUUGUAAAGCAGGUGGGAGUACUGCCACGCCUCCUCGCCAUCCCUUACCUCUGGGGGAUCACCGGUGUUACCACGAACAUGAUGGCACUCCUGACCAAUGAGACGGCGUGGCGCUACUACCCCUGCAGUGACACUACCAUCACUGAUCUCUUCCCUCCGGCCUCCACUGUGGGUGACCUCCCAGCAUCCUGGUCCCAGCUGGAGACCAUCAAGAAGGACGUCCAAGGCCUUGAGCGUUACUUCUGUGAAAACUUCACCGCCAUAACUGAUGAGCUCACCUCCGACACACAGUUGACCCAGAGUGUGAAGGCCCUGAUUGAGGACCUCUCUCCGGGGGAAGUGGACGUAGGCUCCGCCCUCCGUCUAGUGAAAUCCUUCUCUAGGCUCCUGACCUCACGUGAUCCUCGAGACAUCCUGGAUGUCUUCACCACAUCCUGGGAGACAACCAUCAUACAGGAAUUCCAGGACUCCUUUACCGAGGUGGACGUGAAUCCCCAAAUGUACAUGAGGAUGAUGCUGGAAAUGGUGGACCAGGUGAUGGUAUGGAUGGGGAAGGAGGUAGGGACACAGCAGGUGGCCAGCACGGUGCAGUACCUCAUGUACCACACCCACACUGUCGCCACUGCACUCACUCACCUCCUACAAGCAGGUGAGGAACUGACGCUUUCUUCACUGAUGACUGUCCAGGAGGACUUCCCGCCUCUACAGCUACUCCGUCAGGGACCCGUUGGUACUGCAGACUUCCUGCUAAAAGAGUUGACCUCUUUCGCCACCUCUUUCGUCCUGGUUGAGCAGAAAGAAACAUGGGUGGAGUGGGCGGCUGGUGCGUGUAACAGGAGUGUGGGCGUGAGUGUGGUAGUGGAGGUGGUGUGUCACUAUGUCUUACACCCUCACACACCUGAUGUUGUCUUCUCUAACUUGACCACAGCUGUCAUCAAGGCCCUGACUGAAUAUGGGAAACCAGGAAUUCAGGUCCCCCAGGUCAGUUCUGCAGAUCUUUAUGACCAGUUGUGGAUCUUGGUGAGACAGCUGGAGCAGUUUGACUUUAAUAAACCCAAUAACCUCAGUACACUGGAACACUUCUGGGAUGUUACUGUUAAGGAGGCUCGCUUACUGUACACUGGAUUCCUCGACUUCCAGAAACAAUGGCCGUGGGUGGUGGCCGACGCUGCUGUUGGUCAGAGUGAGGAGUUACAGCUGCUGUUGAGGAAGUGUUAUACAGUGGUGUCCUGGGUCAACGAUAGACUGCCACACACACCAGAUCACCUGAUGGACAGUAUACCACCUUCCAUCAUUAACCUCCAUAAUGUCCUCAACUCUUCUUGGAUUGACCUUCUGGAUGGCCUUCACCACAACAUCUUCCUCAACCCGAUGCUCUUUAAUCAGACUCUCCAGGAGUUUUGUUCAUCUGCCUCCAGUCUUGUGGAACCAGUAGAAGGCAGUAAUCAGUUCCAGGAGUCUGUGGGUGAGGUGUGUGAUGUUCUUUCACACAUUACUCCAGGAAGCUUCAACACUUGGCUCCAGUAUGAGCAGCUGAUGAAUGACUUGAACAACAACACUUGGCAACCAUCAACUUUCAAGCUGUACAACACAUCGAGGACGGUGGUUGCCAAGGUCGUUACACUUCUCCGAGGUGUUAAUAUUUUAGAGGAGAAUCGUGUCUCCGAUGCUACCUCCUCCCCCUCCUACGUUUCCUUCUCACCGGUGCUGCCAUCAUAUCUGCUGCAGGAUAACUGGGAUAUUCUAAUGAGGAGGAUUGCUGAAAGAGGAGAAGGGAGCAACUUGACCAGUGUAAUGCCUGCGGUGGAGAUGGUGUUAGGGUGGCUGGGGGCUAACCAGGGGUCUCUCAACACCUUUAUAACAUCAUCUACUCUACGUGUUUACAUAAAGAGUAUAUUGGCACAUGACCUGCAGGAGCUGCUACAAGACUACCCGGCCCUGUGGCAGCUGACAGAAACUCUGACACAGUAUAUGCCUGAAGCUCUCAAGGAUGUCAUCAACACAUUGUCAGCAAGACCAGUGGUGGUGUCUCGACUACUGUUGUCACUUGAGAACACUGAGAAUUCUAGUUCUGUGUGUGGCCUGGACUUACAGCAGGUGGGGGAUGACUUCCACUCAUUUAAAACAAGACUCUGUCAAGUUACUCCAGGUGAACUCCUCCAAGAAUUAAGACACAUUAUGGGGCCCCAAGUGUCACAGAACCCUUGGGAUUUAUCCUUAGAAGAAGUCAUCAACUCAAGUGUGGUUGCUUCUUCACUGCUGAUGGAACAGGUUCAAAAUGGGUCUUUGUUGGAAAAAUUUAGCAGACCUGUUGAAUAUUUGGGUCUUGAGAAGUGGGCCAAGUUACCUCAGGAGGUGUUUAACAUCACAUCAGAGGAAAUGUUGGACAAUAGUACCAUGAUAGUGGCGACUGUACUGAAACCCUUGGUGGAGUUGAGUCGUGAGCCCACACGUGAGGGAAUGGUGGUCAGGGAAGCUCUCAAGAUUCUGGACAUUUACCUACGUUGGAGCAAGCUCAUCCUGUCAGUGUCUCGGGGUGGUGAUAUAUGGAGGGCCUUAAAAGAAGCCUAUGAUGACAAGCCAGUUGUAAUUAAGUUCUUUGAGAUGGUUCAGAAUCUGCCAGAGUUUGUGAUAGAGUAUAUCAACUUCUUUGGAAACUAUUCUGUGAUGGCUCAUGCUGUACUGCUACAUCGAGACACUCCCUGCAACCUACAUCUCUUCUUGCUUGAUGGUUACUAUAAGCAGCAGCUGGGAGAUAACGUGUCCACCAUACUGACGGAGGUGCUGGAGUUUGUGUGUGAUCCCCACCAGAUAAGACUCUUGGGUCCUCAGCUCCUCCCUGACUCUUCACCAGUUAUUGCUAAUGUAACCAUGGAGGUGGAUGCAGCCAUGCUCGCCCUCCUCAUUGAUUCUAUAGGAUGGGAUGUUGUGUACUUUGUUAACGGCACCUUCUAUGAGGGCGACCUUCAAGCUCCUUCUUGGAUGGACAGCCACAAGUGGGAAGAAGUGCGAGUUAAACUGAAGAACCUGUUUGCUGUGCCAAUUAAGAGGAUGGUGGCAGGCGCUAUAGGCUUGGGGCUGAACGCUUUCGGAGCGUACCUGGGUGACGGCUACAUGGCAUCGGUGAUAGGCCCGGUGUACCACUUGACAACUCGUCUCACGGAAAGCAUUAAUCGUUCAACUGGAAUUCUUGACACUAAUAUACUGGUGGCUGGGCUGGGCGCUGUGAAGGAGAUGCAUGAUCUGGCCAUCCCGAGGUUGUCCAGACUGUUGGGUCUUGCUUUAUGGUUCCCAGAAUCGAAGGCAUACUACAGUUUAGUGUCAGGAGUGGCUCAAUCUGCGGUGAGAAGAGAGAUGUGUCGGGAUGGAGUGGAUAAGUUCCUCUUUCACCCAGGACUUGAUGAGGAAGACUGGAAAGCUUUGCAGAAAAUGCUAUGCUCCUACAAUUACCUGGAUGUUUAUAAAGGUGUCCAGCCAUUGUUUAACACAUCAGAUAUCAUGAGUGGAGUUACCAUUGACUGGAUGAAAGUGUACUCAAACCUAAAUCGCUUUAUGGACAAAAUUAGUUUGGUGGAUCCCUGGCAGCUACAAGAUUUUUUGAUCAAAACUCCGCACAUGAUGGGAAUGAGGAAUUUAACUACUGUGCAGAAGUAUGUUCGUGGGAUAUUCAUUGGCAUGUCGGCCCUUCAGAAGUGGAUGUCUGAGGACGAUAACCCCGCCAGCAGGCACACCUACGCCCUGGCACUCAUAAAGAUCAACGCAGCCCUCAGACCCAUCACCAAAGAUGGAAGUGCCAGCCUGUAUGAGAGACUCCUCGACCCUCAGUUGUUCAAACAAUUAUUGAAAGAUUAUUCUUAUGUUGUCCAAGACAUCCAGAAGGAGACGACACAACUUAAUCUUCAAAACCAGAUGGGGUCUAUGCUCAUGGAAGAAAUGGACCCUGAAGACACAGCUGCCGCUCUUCACGGUGCCAUGAAGAACACGACCUACGCUCACCUGCUCUCACAGUUGAAGACAGUCACCCUUAACGUAUUGGGAUCAAUAAUGCCUGCUGAGAUGACACCAAAAACAGCGGUGACUGUCGUGGAUUUCCUGCUGACUGUAGCUUCCAAUAUUGUGCAGAAUAUGGCGGGUGUUUUUGGUGUUGUGAAAACACCAGCCUGUUAUUACUCCUUAUCAAGAGAGGAAUUUGAGGGUCCUCUUCAGCAGGUGGCAUCCUGGCUCAGCUUUACUGAGAAGCAUCUGGACCAGUGGGAUGGUUAUGUGGAUCUCACCUGUGGUAUUUCUAAACUGAACUUAACACAUACACUGUUGAAACUUUUACAAGAUUUUGAUUGGGAGAAUGAUAUUAAACAAAUGAUGACUGAUGACGAGGUAAAGAACCAGACCCUCAGCUGUGAUAUUGUCUUUGACCAUUUUGCAAACUUGAGUCAACAGGUGAAAGCUAUAGUAACACAGUAUAUACAAGAUGAAACAGCUCGGCAGCACUUCCUCACCUGCCUCACACCUGCCCAACUCCACUACUCUUGCUCAGUUCCUUGGACUUUUAACAGCAGUUGGAGACUUGUUCAGUUUAAAAUCAAGCCUGGAGACAGCAGAGGAACUUGCAGCAGCCAUGGCAGCCCUUCCAGCUUCUUCGACUGCUCUCCAGACCCUUGGUUCCAGGAUCACAGUCUUGGUGCCACUGGAAGACAUUCUUAUGAACGACUUUGAAACGAAAUUAAAUUUCAGUAGUGUGGUUAUUGACAUCAUUAAGAAUGACCUGCUGAUAGAUGUUAAUCGAAUUUAUGGGAUAGAGACUCGGGAAAUUGUAAGUUUGCUGUCAUCAGUGAAGAUGCUGAAGAAGUUAGUGCAACUCAGAAACAACAUGGAGGACACAGCCAGCAUCGUUAAGAGGAGCACAGUUAUCUCACCCAUUGUG